AUGAAUACUACAGCAUAUGCUUCACCACCUCGCGAUAUGCAUCCUCGAUCAACCAUGCCAAGCCUUCACGAUACAGCAUAUCGACCAGGUAUUCCUCAUCAAGGAGCUCCGUACUCGAUGCCUCACACAAUGGCAUCUCAACAUUCACAAAUUCCGGCUUACGAACAAUAUAAUAAUUCCCUUCCCGCUUCACGUCCUCCUCCAACAGAACAUUUGCCAUCUUCAGAGGCGGUGUCGGCUUUUUCUAUUGGACUUCCAGGUCAAGACCCAUCGCCUCGGUCUAUUACUGUAGAUGGGAGAAAAUACACAUUGGAAGUACAACAACAACCCAAACGAGCUCGAAUGUGUGGAUUUGGAGAUAAGGAUCGUCGGCCUAUCACUCCUCCUCCAUGUGUUAAACUCACUAUCACAGAAAUCGCCACUGGAAAAGAGGUAGAUGUCAACAACAUCGAGCAUGGGAUGUUUGUGCUUAACGUGGACUUGUGGUCAGCGGACGGCGACCGACCAGUCAACCUUGUUCGACACUCACAAACUUCGCCGUCAAUCUCAGCGACCGUUCCAGUAUCUUAUACACAACUACAAGGAGGUGCAACUGCGUACUCGAACCUACUGCCCGGUCAAAGUCAACGAGAACCUACCAGCCCACCAUAUGGCAAUGCGCUACCGUAUCAAGGGGCCGGCUUCAAUCCGUUUCCAGGGCCACCACAGGUGAGCCCAUACGCGCAACAGCAAGCUGGACAACAAGCGGGAUAUGGUGGUAACCCAAACUAUCCACCUCCAAAUGGAUAUCAAGUAUCUCAACAGUCAAACUAUUAUUAUCCGCAACCAUCCCAACCCGUCCCAAGCCACAAUAACCAAGAUCCUUACCCCCCUCGUCCGUAUACCCCACAAGAUCUCGGCAUGAGUCGCAUGCCCAUAAGCCAGACCAAUCCUCCACAAGGCAUGUUCACCCGCAAUCUCAUUGGCAGUUUAUCGGCCUCCGCAUUCCGUCUCACAGACCCGGAUGACCGAAUCGGGAUCUGGUUUGUGCUUCAAGAUCUUUCCGUCCGAACCGAGGGUGAUUUCCGCCUUCGCUUUUCAUUCGUCAAUGUCGGUGUUCCUUCGCCACCACAGAAUAACGCCAACUCAUCGUGUUCUGUGAAUACUGGAAAGGCCCCCGUGCUUGCUUCAUGUUUUUCAGACGUCUUCAAAGUUUACUCGGCAAAGAAAUUCCCUGGAGUAGUAGAAAGCACACCAUUAAGUAAAUGUUUUGCAACACAAGGUAUUAAAAUUCCAAUCCGAAAGGAUGGCAAGGAUGGACCAGGAAAAGGAGGAAAAGAUGGGAGCCGAGGCGACGAUGAUGACGACUAUUAG